AUGUCCGACCAGCAUGAUUACGACUGUAUCGUUAUAGGAGCAGAGAUACAAGGCUCCUUCACCGCCUAUCACCUGGCAAAAAAUAACAAGAAAACUCUUCUACUGGAGCAGGUGUGUAACUAACUCAUUAUCCAUAUCCACCCAGUGACUCCAGUUUUGUAGUUUUCUGCAAGUGAACUAAUGUAUUGAGCCUUCAAUCGGAGUGAGAACAUCUUUGAAGUCAGGUCAAACAAGACAACAGGUUUGAUGGAGCUAAAAGGGAGACAUCCGCAGAGAAUGAACCCACGUACAACACCAGUUGUUUGUAAGGCAGCAGCUAUCAAUAUGUUCUGCUACUGAUAAAAAAAACAUUGGUCGAUGUUGCUAUUUAAGUGGAUAGCCAAACAAUGGAAGAGGAAGUUAAUCUUCAAUGAAGGCCACAUUCACCUGCAAUAACAGCCAACCUUCACUGCAGACAGCAGAAGGUGUGCAGAUGAGUUAAAUAAAAUAGUCUGUGCCUCAUGAUUAAUGGAUCAUUUGCAAGACAAUAACACGCUGAAUACAUGUUUUCACUAGUUUCUUUUUAAAUCACUGAGUUGUAUUCAUCAUGUCUAUGGCCUAAUAUUUAAACUUAUGUGUACACAUCUGACAUUGCUCAACUGACAGUAACAUACAGUAAGAAUAAAACAUUUAUCAUUGCAGGAUAAGCACAAAGCUACAAAACAAUAUCAGUUCAUCAGUGAUACCUUUUCCUCAUCACUGGCCAUUGAGCACCACAGACUACAAUAAGAACCAUACACUGUAAUAUAGAGCCAAAAGGACAUUAUGCUGUGUCAUUCUUCAGUUCCUCCUGCCCCACUCCUGGGGGAGUUCCCAUGGCCAGACCAGGAUCAUCCGGAAGACUUAUGAACAGGACUUUUACACCCACAUGAUGGAGGAAUGCUACCAGCUCUGGGCAAAACUGGAGGCUGAGGCUAAUGUCACACUGUUCAGGUACGCUGCUACUUUUUCUUAAUAAAACAUUAUGUAGAAGGAAAGCCUGUCCUCAUUAUACUGUUAUGCCUAGAGUGCCGGACUAGUUUCACUCACUAUGUUAAUUUACAUUAAUAGAUAUGACAGGAAAGCAUUCACUUAUGUCACCGUGAGCCGGUUCUCAUUGGCUUAGACAAACCAAAGCUGAUAGGACACCUUUCAAGCUCACUGACCUAUCAGGGUUCUGGUGAAGCUAUGUUAGUGUGGGAGUGAAAUGACACACUACAAAACCAGCAAUAAAAACAAUGACUUCCAAACUGCAUUUGAACCCCAGCAUGAAUCUCCCUCAGUGCAGUAUAAGUCAUAUACAGGAUGAUAUAAGUGCUGAGGCGUGGGGCUUACUGCAGGGAUGGCCUUGGCCUAUACCUUUAAAAACCAUUGAGAUAAUGAAAGAUAGAGGAGGGGAAGCUGUGUAAAUCUGGAUGAGCGAAACCAGGUUCCUGGAUUGUAUUUCACCGGCCAAAUGGAUCCUUCAGUGAGGAGGAUAGAUGAGUGCUAUGCCUGUGGGCAGCCCCCGGACACUGUGCCCAUCACUCAAGGCCGGGCGGGCCGCACUGGGGUGCAGAUCAUAUUUACACCCACCCAGCUCAGGGGGUUGGGGGAGGGGUGCUGAUGAAUGGAGCAGUCUCCUGGCUGUGGUGCUGCACAUGCAUCAUAGUGGGCCGCCUGCACCAGAGAAAACAGCAGUCAUACAUCGCCCCAGAGACCAUCCCUCACCCAGACCACUCAAUUAAAGGCAGCCACUCAGAGACCUACAGCCCAUCCCUGGGUGGCCCUCCUGCACAACAUGGCCCUCUCCAUAAACCACAAACUUUGAGAUUGAGGAACUUGGCCAGUACAAUAAUAAUGGUAUUGAUAGGAAAACCAUAGGGGUUCAGCAUAAACAACAAAAGAAGGACUCAAACAUCAACAACAAAUGAAUAGUUCUGUAAGAGCCAAAAGUGCAUUGAGAAAAUUCACAUUGUAACUGAAAACCUUCCCACAAGAACCACAGGUUGACUGUUUGAGUCCAAGUCUAAAUCAAAUAAAUAUUUAUAAUCCAAUGGGGGGGGACCAAAAAAUACAAAAAAAGUAAUUCCAACAGAAUGGGAUGGUCCAAUGGAAGGUGAUGGCUCUGAAAUAUUCUGUCUAUCUUUCCACCAGAAUAGUGGCAUAUGGGAGAAAUGAGGCCUGAAAUCCGUCUUAGCAAACAGCAAACGAAGGUUGUGUUCCCUUGCUCAGAGUGAGUGGGACACGUACCCCCCAAUAUUCCAGGGGGGGGGGGAUAUUUUGUCAUCCCCUCCCCAAUGAUUUUCAAUCCACUGAAUGUGCUGCUUCGUUCAUAGAACCACGAUUAAAUGAGGAACCUCCAAUAUCCGCAAAUUAGCAGUUGUGACAAACAGAUUGGUUUGUCCUACAAAUGUGUCUCUAACUUUUGAAUGGUUGGAGUUAUCUGCUAUUGUGAAAGCUAAGACUCUCAAUUCAUUUUUUAGCACAUGUUGACAAGAUGAUGGGGAAUUACCCAAGGGGAAUAUCAACCAACAGACCAUUUUUGAAUAGUUCUCUUAAUGUACACCUCAAAAAACAAACAAGGGAUUUUUAUGUUUUAAUCUUCUGUGUUGCAUAUAAAAUGUAAUAUUGGGAUAUAAACUCAAACUUAAAUACAUUUCAACUCAUUAUCUGACAUGGUACAAGUGUCUUCUUCAAUUUGAGCCAUGUGUGUGAGGUGUAUACUUUUGAUACCAUGAACAUUUGUAAAACUACCAAAAACACCCUAUGUGACCCUGUUUUAGCCCAUUGUGACACAGAGGGUGGACCUGACACAUUUUCUAAAUCUGUAUUAAAUUAGGGCUCUUACAUUUUUUACAAAAAACUAUCUCGGUUAGUUUUUAUGGCGUUGAGUCUGAAAUGUAAUAGGUAAAACAUUUUCACACCCAUUGUCUUCCCAUUCAAACUUAUCUUUCCUCUCUUACUAUGUUUCUACAAACCUUCCAGAAGCUAUGAGUAAGGCCCAGUGCAGUCAAAACAAAAAAUGUUCCCUGUGUUUUGUAUCAUAUUGUACAACAGCUGAUGAAACUAACAAUGUAAAAGUGUGAAAAUCCACACAAGCCCUUUUAAUAUGGGAGGAGUUUUGCCUGGUGACAUCAAAAGGUAGUAAUGGUGCUUUCAAGACAACUGGGAACUCUGAAAUAUAAGAGGUCAUGAAGUCAGCAAUCUUCAGGUCGGAAACUGGGAGCUCUAGAAAGAGUGUCACACUCUGGCUAUGGACUCGUGUUGUUGUGCCAGGGUGUGUUUGUUUCGGUGUGUUUUCGUUUUCUAUGUUGGGUAGUCUAGUUGUGCUUUUUCUAUGUGUACCUGAGUGACUCCCAAUCGGAGGUAACGAGUGUCAGCUGUCGUCUCGUUAUCUCUGAUUGGGAGCCAUAUUUAAACUGUCGGUUUUCCUUUGUGUUUUGUGGGUUAUUGUUUCUGUUAGUGUGUUUCAGUUUUUGAACUUCACGUAUCGUCAUUUGUUGUUUUCGUCGUGGUUGCUUUAAUUUAAUAAAGUCAUCAUGUUCACUCGCAACGCUGCGCAUUGGUCUCCUCCUUCAGACGAUCGUGACAGAAUAACCCACCUUAACCAGACCAAGCAGCGUGUUCAGGAGCCAUCGCUGGCAGAUCGCCGUGGAAACCUCGACUGGAUCAAGCAGCGGGACGAGGAGAGAGGAUGGACGUGGCAGGAGAUGAUUGCGAGUCUGGCAAGAGGGAGAGAGGCCUGGGCCACGGGGAGGAGAGACCCCCAGGAAAUUUUUAGGGGGGGGCUCACGACGUCGGCAGCAGGUGUACGGGUUAGAGUGGUGCAAAGCGUUGGCAGAGAGGGCCGCCAGGUUAGGGGGGCCACUGGGCACAGAGGAGAGGGAAAGUGUGGAGGCACGGCGAGAGGUACUGGGAUGUGUUACCAGUCCGGUCCGGCCCGUUCCUGAUCCCUGCGUGGAGCCAGUGGUGUGUGUCCCCAGUACGGUUCGGCCUGUUCCUGCCAUUCCCACCAAGGCAGUGGUGUGCGUCGCCAGCCCAGCCCGACCUGUUCCUGCCACUCGCACCAAACCUACGGUGUGCGUCGCCAGCCCAGCCCGGCCUGUUCCUGCUCCACGUACGAAGCCUACGGUGUGCGUCGCCAGCCCAGCCCGGCCUGUUCCUGCUCCACGUACGAAGCCUACGGUGUGCGUCGCCAGCCCGGUCCGGCCUGUUCCUGCCACCCGCACCAAGUGUACGGUGCGCGUCGCCAGCCCGACCCGGCCUGUUCCGGCCACUCGCACCAAACCUACGGUGCGCGUCGCCAGCCCGGUCCGGCCUGUUCCUGCCACUCGCACCAAACCUACGGUGUGCGUCGCCAGCCCAGCCCGGCCUGUUCCUGCUCCACGUACGAAGCCUACGGUGUGCGUCGCCAGCCCAGCCCGGCCCGUUCGUCCUCCACGCACCAAGCCAGGGGCGCGUGUCGUCAGUCCGGCUCCGGCCAGCGGGGCUAGACAGGACCAGGGGUACUUUGGGGGGUUGGAGAGGAGGUGGGGAUCAAGCCCGGAGCCGGAGCCGCCGCCGAGGAGGAAUGCCCACCCAACCCUCCCUUGUUUGCUCGUAGUUAGGCGCGGUCGCAGUCCGCGCCUUUAGGGGGGGGUACUGUCACACUCUGGCUAUGGACUCGUGUUGUUGUGCCAGGGUGUGUUUGUUUCGGUGUGUUUUCGUUUUCUAUGUUGGGUAGUCUAGUUGUGCUUUUUCUAUGUGUACCUGAGUGACUCCCAAUCGGAGGUAACGAGUGUCAGCUGUCGGCUCGUUAUCUCUGAUUGGGAGCCAUAUUUAAACUGUCGGUUUUCCUUUGUGUUUUGUGGGUUAUUGUUUCUGUGUUGCUGUUAGUGUGUUUCAGUUUUUGAACUUCACGUAUCGUCAUUUGUUGUUUUCUUCGUGGUUGCUUUAAUUUAAUAAAGUCAUCAUGUUCACUCGCAACGCUGCGCAUUGGUCUCCUCCUUCAGACGAUCGUGACAAAGAGGCCCGAGUUUCCAACUUGAUAUUCCGAGUUGGAUGAUCGUUCAAAGCGAUUUUUCCCAUUCUGAGCUUUUUUUCCAAGUUCCCAGUUGUCUUGAACGCGGCAUAAAUAGAUCAAAACAUAGAGAGUUCCAAACAUCUCUGCCAAUAACAGCUAGUUUUCAGGUUACAUAUCCCUCCUAUUAGGUCCCUCCACUCUGGUGGAUUGAUACACACUGUGGUUAAAGGCCCAAUGCAGACGUUUUUAUAUCAAUAUCAAAUCAUUUCUGGUAACAGUUAAGUACCUUACUGUAAUAGUUUUCCAUUCAAAUUGUCAAAAAGAAACAAAAAUAUCUCUUUAGCAAAAAACUUUCUUAAACAAGAAUUUUGCUAGGACAGUCUGAAAGUGGUCUGAGUGGGGAGGGGGAGGGCACAUAAAAGCUGUUAUUGGCAGAGAGGUUUGGAACUAUUUGUUAUUGGUCUAUUAACUUAUUUACCGGGCAAGCUGAAACUCCACCCAUGCAAAACCUGCUGUGUAGAUUGUAUUUUCAACCAGCAACUACGUCAGAAAUACACUACAGUGGAUCAGCUUCUUGUCAAACUUUACAGUGUGUUCAUCAAAAAAAAUUAAUUGAGGCUUGGCCAAUUAACCCAUUUAAAAUGGUUAGGAAACCAUAGGGUUCACAAUAACAAAAAAGAAGGACUCAAACAUCACAACAAAUGAAGUUCUGUAAGAGCCAAAAGUGCAUUGAGAAAAUUCACAUUGUAACUGAAAACCUUCCCACAAGAACCACAGGUUGACUGUUUGAGUCCAAGUCUAAAUCAAAUAAAUAUUUAUAAUCCAAUGGGGGGGGACCAAAAAAGACAAAAAAAGUAAUUCCAACAGAAUGGGAUGGUCCAAUGGAAGGUGAUGGCUCUGAAAUAUUCUGUCUAUCUUUCCACCAGAAUAGUGGCAUAUGGGAGAAAUGAGGCCUGAAAUCCGUCUUAGCAAACAGCAAACGAAGGUUGUGUUCCCUUGCUCAGAGUGAGUGGGACACGUACCCCCCAAUAUUCCAGGGGGGGGGAUAUUUUGUCAUCCCCUCCCCAAUGAUUUUCAAUCCACUGAAUGCGCUGCUUCGUUCAUAGAACCACGAUUAAAUGAGGAACCUCCAAUAUCCGCGAAUUAGCAGUUGUGACAAACAGAUUGGUUUCUGUCUUUUUCCUACAAAUGUGUCUCUAACUUUUGAAUGGUUGGAGUUAUCUGCUAUUGUGAAAGCUAAGACUCUCAAUUCAUUUUUUAGCACAUGUUGACAAGAUGAUGGGGAAUUACCCAAGGGGAAUAUCAACCAACAGACCAUUUUUGAAUAGUUCUCUUAAUGUACACCUCAAAAAACAAACAAGGGAUUUUUAUGUUUUAAUCUUCUGUGUUGCAUAUAAAAUGUAAUAUUGGGAUAUAAACUCAAACUUAAAUACAUUUCAACUCAUUAUCUGACAUGGUACAAGUGUCUUCUUCAAUUUGAGCCAUGUGUGUGAGGUGUAUACUUUUGAUACCAUGAACAUUUGUAAAACUACCAAAAACACCCUAUGUGACCCUGUUUUAGCCCAUUGUGACACAGAGGGUGGACCUGACACAUUUUCUAAAUCUGUAUUCAAUUAGGGCUCUUACAUUUUUUACAAAAAACUAUCUCGGUUAGUUUUUAUGGCGUUGAGUCUGAAAUGUAAUAGGUAAAACAUUUUCACACCCAUUGUCUUCCCAUUCAAACUUAUCUUUCCUCUCUUACUAUGUUUCUACAAACCUUCCAGAAGCUAUGAGUAAGGCCCAGUGCAGUCAAAACAAAAAAAAUUCCCUGUGUCUUGUAUCAUAUUGUACAACAGCUGAUGAAACUAACAAUGUAAAAGUGUGAAAAUCCACACAAGCCCUUUUAAUAUGGGAGGAGUUUUGCCUGGUGACAUCAAAAGGUAGUAAUGGUGCUUUCAAGACAACUGGGAACUCUGAAAUAUAAGAGGUCAUGACGUCAGCAAUCUUCAGGUCGGAAACUGGGAGCUCUAGAAAGAGGCCCGAGUUUCCAACUUGAUAUUCCGAGUUGGAUGAUCGUUCAAAGCGAUUUUUCCCAUUCUGAGCUUUUUUUCCAAGUUCCCAGUUGUCUUGAACGCGGCAUAAAUAGAUCAAAACAUAGAGAGUUCCAAACAUCUCUGCCAAUAACAGCUAGUUUUCAGGUUACAUAUCCCUCCUAUUAGGUCCCUCCACUCUGGUGGAUUGAUACACACUGUGGUUAAAGGCCCAAUGCAGACGUUUUUAUAUCAAUAUCAAAUCAUUUCUGGUAACAGUUAAGUACCUUACUGUAAUAGUUUUCCAUUCAAAUUGUCAAAAAGAAACAAAAAUAUAUUUUUAGCAAAAAACUUUCUUAAACAAGAAUUUUGCUAGGACAGUCUGAAAGUGGUCUGAGUGGGGAGGGGGAGGGCACCUAAAAGCUGUUAUUGGCAGAGAGGUUUGGAACUCUUUGUUAUUGGUCUAUUAACUUAUUUACCGGGCAAGCUGAAACUCCACCCAUGCAAAACCUGCUGUGUAGAUUGUAUUUUCAACCAGCAACUAUCAGGAAAUAACACUGAUCAGAUUCUUUCACACUUUUACAGUGUUAGUUUCAUCAGCUGUUGUACAAUAUGAUACAAGACACAGGAAAAACAGAACUCUUGUUGCGCCCAGUUCACAAGUAGUAUUUUCCGAAUUUCCCACUUGUUAUGAAUGCAGAAUAUUUCAAGAUGGCACCUGUUGGUUGGACAGGCCUCCAACCACACCCAUACCUUCACCGAAAGGUGCAGUCUGCAGUAGCCACAUCCAUUUUUGGACUUAUAAAUGAAUUAUACUGUAUGUACCCAUUGAUUCUUGAAGAAUAUAACUUAUGAAUACCUCAUGAUCUUAGUUCAAUUGUCUUACCCCAUCAGAACCCAAAAUAUAAGCUUGUUUUACUCCAAUGUUUGUAAACAAAGUAAAUGUAAACAAACACUAUAUAGCCUCAAAACAUGGUUAAAACUAUAACUUCGACAUCAUGGAUGGUCUGUCCGUCCAUCCACAGCUCUGUCUAUGAAUUUGAGAGUGGUUAUAUUUCUCCAGCCACGUCCCUCAGCUUUUUACCGAAACAGGGAAGGGGAGUUAGCUUUGUUAUUGUUUCAACCGCUGAUUGCCACUGGAAAGGCCUACUGUGUUAACAUAAUCUUAGCCAAGUACAUACAGUACCAGUCAAAAGAUUGGAUACACCUACUCAUUCCAGGGUUUUUCUUUUCUACAUUGUAGAAUAAUAGUGAAGACAUCAAAACCAUGGAAUAACACAUAUGGAUUCAUGUAGUAACCAAAAAAGUGUUAAACAAAUCAACAUUUAUAUUUGAGAUUCUUCAAAGUAGCCACCCUUUGACUUUAUGACAGCUUUGCACACGCUUGGCAUUCUCUCAACCAGCUUCAUGAGGUAGUCACCUGGAAUGCAUUUAAAUUAACAGGUGUGCCUUCUUAAAAGUUAAUUUGUGGAAUUUCUUUCCUUUUUAAUGCGUUUGAGCCAAUCAAUUGUGUUGUGACAAGGUAGGGGUGGUAUACAGAAGAUAGCCCUAUUUGGUAAAAGACCAAGUCCAUAUUAUGGCAAGAACAGCUCAAAUAAGAAAAGAGCAACAACAGUCCAUCAUUAUUUUAAGACAUGAAGGUCAGUCAAUCCGGAAAAUUUAAAGAACUUUGAAAGUUUCCUCAAGUGCAGUCGCAAAAACCAUCAAGCGCUAUGAUGAAACUGGCUCUCAUGAGGACCGCCACAUGAACGGAAGACCCAGAGUUACCUCUGCUGCAGAGGAUAAGUUCAUUAGAGUUAACUGCACCUCAGAUUGCAGCCCAUAUAAAUGUUUCACAGAGUUCAAGUAACAGACACAUCUCAACAUCAACUGUUCAGAGGAGACUUUGUGAAUCAGGCCUUUAUGGUCAAAUUGCUGCUGCUAAAGGACACCAAUAAUAAUAAUUUAUGACAAAAGCUGUCAUAAAGUCAAUGGGUGGCUACUUUGAAGAAUCUCAAAUAUAAAUGUUGAUUUGUUUAACACUUUUUUGGUUACUGCAUGAUUCCAUAUGUGUUAUUUCAUAGUUUUGAUAUCUUCACUACUAUUCUACAACUUAGAAAAUAGUAAAAAUAAAGAAAACCCCUUGAAUGAGUAGGUGUGUCCAAACUUUUGACUGGUACUGUACAUCAACACAUUAUUUUCAUAGAUUCAACAUUUCAUUUAUUUUAGAGGCUGUGUUUAAUUUAUUUUUCACUUUAUGCUUUCAUGGUAACGUGCAGUGCAUUCGGAAAGUAUUCAGACCCCUUGACUUUUUCCACAUUUUGUUAAAUUAUUAUUAUUAUUAUUCUAAAAUGGAUUUUUUUUAAAGAAUCCUCAUCAAUCCAAACACAAUACCUCAUAAUGACAAAGCAAAAACUGUUUUUUAGAAUGUUUGCUAAUUUAUUAAAAAUGAUCAACUGAAAUAUCACAUUUACGUUAGUAUUCAGACCCUUUACUCAGUACUUUGUUAAAGCACCUUUGGCAGAAAUUACAACCUCAAGUCUUCUUGGGUAUGACACUACAAGCUUGGCACACCUGUAUUUGGGGAGUUUCUCCCAUUCUUCUCUGCAGAUCCUCUCAAGCUCUGUCAAGUUGGAUGGUCUGUCACUGCACAGCUAUUUUCAGGUCUCUCCAGAGAGGUUCGAUCGGGUUCAAGUUCUGGCUCUGGCUGAGACACACAAGGACAUUCAGAGACUUGUUCCGAAGCCACUCCUGCGUUAUCUUGGCUGUGUGCUUAGGGUCGUUGGUGGAAUGCUGCAGAGAUGGUUGUCCUUCUGGAAGGUUCUCCCAUCUCCACAGAGGAACUCUGGAGCUCUGUGAGAGUGACCAUGAGGUUCUUGGUCACCUCCCUGACCAAGGCCCUUCUGCCCCGAUUGCUCAGUUUGGCCGGGGCGGCCAGCUCUAGGAAGAGUCUUGGUGUUUCCAAACGUCUUCCAUUUAAGAAUGAUGGAGGCCACUGUGUUCUUGGGGACCUUCAAUGCUGCAGAAAUUUUUUGGCACCCUUCCCCAGAUCUGUGCCUCGACACAAUCCUGUCUCUGAGCUUUACGGACAAUUCCUUUGACCUCAUGGCGUGGUUUUUGCUCUGACAUGCACUGUCAACUGUGGGACAUUAUAUAGACAGGUGUGUGCCUUUCCAAAUCAUGUCCAGUCAAUUGAAUUGACCACAGGUGGACUCCAAUCAAGUUGUAAAAACAUCUCAAGGAUGAUCAAUGGAAACAGGAUGCACCUGAGCAAACAUUUCUAAAAACUUGUUUUCGCUUUGUCAUUAUCGAGUAUUGUUUGUAGAUUGAUGAGGAAAAAAAUUCAUUUAAUCAAUUUUAGAAUAAGACUGUAACGAAAAAGAAUGUAGAAAAAGGGAAGGGGUCUGAAUACUUUCCGAAUGCACUGUAUGUUACACAAAGACUGAGUUUGUAAGAAAGCGUCUUAUUAUAGAUGGUUUAUUCAUGUACAUAUUGUCUUUCAAAUGGAGACUGCAUUUUCCAUGUAUGCCAUGUCAUUAUUUUUACUAGGCACUGUAAGCAGGAUGCUUUAAUAACUGCCUCUAGUAACAGUAACAUUUCCUCUUGAUGAUACACAAACAUCAACACACCCGUAGGACUUAAUUUGUUUCUUCCCAUCCCACUCCCAGGCGUACUAGUAUCCUGGUGAAGGGCCCUGAGGAUGACAUGGACUUCCAGCUGUUCAGGAGCAUCCUGGAGAGGAACCAGGUUCCCACAGAGACCCUGGGACCAGAGGUGUUCAGCCAGAGGCUCCCCCAGGUCAACCUGCUGGCUGGGGAGAGGGCCCUCAUAGACACCACCGUUGGGGUCCUGUAUGCAGACCGGGCCCUCAGGACAGUACAGGUACAGUAA